AUGUUGCAGUCGACCCUCUCGCUCUCGAGCCGCGCCUCGAGGUCCACCUUCGGCCUUGCCAGCCGGUCCCUCACCUCGUCGGCUUCGGCCAGGCUCGCCCAGCCCGCCACCGCCACCAGCUCCCACGCUGGCGGCGCUGCAGCGGCGCAGCUCAGCCCGCUCGCCCUCUCCAAGGCAAAGGAUGUCGAGUCCAAGUGGAAGGGCGUCAGCAUGUUUGGCGGCACCACAAAGAACUACGUCGACGGCCAGUUUGUCGACAGCAAGACGUCCCAGUGGCUCGACGUCAACGACCCCUCGACCCAAGCCCUUCUAUCCAAGGUGCCCCUGACGACCGCUUCCGAGUUCGAUGCGGCUGUUGCCAACGCCGAGGCCGCCUUCCCCGCAUGGAGGGAGACCAGCUUGCUGACCAGGCAGCAGGUCAUGUUCAAGCUGCAGGCGUUGCUGCGCGAGCACACGGACGACAUUGCCAACGCCAUCACCCUCGAGCAGGGCAAGACGUUUGCCGAUGCCAAGGGAGACGUGCUGCGAGGACUGCAGGUCGUCGAGGUGGCAUGCGGCAUCACAUCCACCAUGCUCGAGGAGAGGAUCGAGGUGGCCAAGGACAUGGACACCUACGCUCGCCGGGAGCCGCUCGGCGUCGUCGCUUCGAUCAACCCCUUCAACUUUCCCGCCAUGAUUCCGCUCUGGACGAUUCCGAUGGCCACCGUCACUGGCAACACGCUCGUCCUCAAGCCCUCGGAGCGCGUCCCCGGCGCCUCGAUGAUCAUUGCCGAGCUCUGCGAGCGCGCCGGCCUCCCCAAGGGCGUCCUCAACGUCGUCAACGGCGCCGUCGACACUGUCAACGCAAUCUGCGAUGACCCGCGCAUCAAGGCCAUCAGCUUUGUCGGCUCCGACCGCGCCGGCGCCCACAUCUUCCACCGCGGCACCGCCAACGGCAAGCGGGUCCAGGCCAACCUGGGAGCCAAGAACCACUGCAUCCUCAUGCCCGACGCUAACAAGAACUUUGCGCUCAACUCGCUCGCGGGAGCCGCGUUCGGCGCCGCCGGUCAGCGGUGCAUGGCCCUCAGCGUCGUCGUCGCUGUCGGCGAGGCGCAGCAGUGGAUCCCCGAGCUCGUCGAGCGAGCCAAGGACCUCAAGGUGUCUGGCGGCUUCGAGGAGGGCGCCGACCUCGGCCCGCUCAUCAGCCCGCAGGCGCGCGAGCGCGUCAUCGCCAUGACGGGCAGCGUCGAAAAAGAGGGCGGCAAAAUCCUCCUCGACGGCCGCAACUACAAGAGCACCGAGUACCCGAACGGCAACUUUGUCGGACCCUCGGUCGUCGAGGCCGGGCCCGGGAUGACGGCCUACGACCAGGAGAUCUUUGGACCCACGCUCGUCAUCCUCAAGGCCAACACGCUCGACGAAGCCGUCGAGUACAUCAACAAGAACAAGUACGGCAACGGCGCCGCCAUCUUCACCACCAACGGCGCCACGGCCCGCAAGUUUGAGAAGACGGUCAACGCCGGCCAGCUCGGCGUCAACGUGCCCGUGCCCGUGCCGCUGCCCAUGUUUGCCUGGAGCGGCAACAAGGGCAGCGUCCUCGGCGACAUUGGCUUCUACGGCAAGAGCGCGCUCAACUUUUACACCAGCUACAAGACCAGCACGUCCAUGUGGCGAAGUGCCGAUGCCGAGAUGUCGGAGAAGGCCAGCGUCAACAUGCCCACCAUGUCGUGA